AUAGGAAGCACGGGUACCGGUCUAGUAGAGGAUAAAAACAGAAACGAAACAGAGAGGAGGCGGAAACAGAACAGAGAGAGCCGACCUAGGGUUUCGACCCUAGGUCCGGCGCGGCGUCCGGAGACGACAACUCCGACGAAGGGAACAUCAAUUGUACACCAUGAAUUCCGGCGAUGCAGGACUUUGUUAAUGGAAGCUGGCCUCUAGCUUCUGCUGUGCGUACAAAGGAAAAAACUCAGGGGAGUUUUUCUUGUCUUUUGAUUCCAUUAUCUUGGAUUUUCUAAUUUAUCAAGCUUUCAAGCCAUAAAUUUGACUCUCCAUAUUAAAUAUUUUAUUUUCAAUUCCAAUUUUUUGUUGAAUGUUUAAGUUAUAUUAUAAGUGUUGAUUUGUUUGUGGGUUGAUGUUGAAUUGUUCAAAUUUGAUUUAUUGAUUUAUUAUUGUCUCUGGAAUUAUAAAACCUUCUUAGGCCAAAUUAUUUGACACAAAAGAUUAAAUAUUAUAUUUGAUUGUUCUUGUUGAAUUAGUUUGACUUUGAAGAGAUUUUAGCUCUAUGCUACUGUUAAAUCUAAACUCGAAAAGGUGUUCAGAGAACUAUUUUUCACCAGAUUUUACUUAGAUUGGACCAAAUUAAGAACGCGCGCCUAAUCCAGUUUAAAUUGAUAUUCUUUUAAAGUUCAAAGUGCUUUAAAUUGUCGAACUUUUCUAGAAACCAAGUGUCACUUGAUUAGUACUUGCUGUCUCGCUAAGUGGUUUUUGCUAAUCAAGGUUCUCGAACUGGUUUUGUUAAAUAACCGUAGUGUUACUGCAAGAUUGUUACGGUGAUGUUUUCCACAAAUCUUAAUGCGCUAUUCUUAGUAGUAACUAGUAACUUAAGGGUUGGUCUAUGGGUUGCUAAGGGUAGUAGGGUUUAGAGUUAGGGUUGGUCUUAACAUGAGCUAAUAUGAAUGGGAAAAUAGGGAAGAACCGUUCUUUGGCCUAACCCCGAGUUUAAUUAGCAGUUUAGUUUCAGAAUUAGGACAUGGCAAAUUAAGGAAUCAUAUUUGUUUAGUUUAUUUUCUAUUAAAAACUAUAACUAUUUUCAAAAUGGUUUAAGCUAAUUAUUAUUGUCUACGUUUUAUAAAGUUUAUUGUGUGAUUGUUUUUGUGUGUUUGUUUUCUUCCUGAGUGUUCUUCUGAAAUAAUUGUUCCAACCCCCAUAUCUGUUAGUUUAGUUUUUAGAUUUUAGAUUUUAGAUAGUUUUUAUUCAAUAAAAGUGACAAGUGAACUGAUUUUCAUCGCCUAAAAAGUAUCUCUUCUCGUGGGAUCGACCCUUACUUGCCCUAUCUAUAUGUUUUGAUGAAUAUUGAAUCAUAAAAAGGGUUAAGAGUUAAGGAAAACAAUAAAUUAAUUUGUAGGUGCUACGACACGCCUAUCAAUUAAUGGAAGGCUUCGUGGUUUUUUCCCCUGAUUAAGAGAAUGCUCCUGGAUGUAUCAAGCUUCAAUUUUCCUGUGAAUUGAAGGACUACAUUUGGAUUAUUUAAAUUUUGCAGAUUACCAAAUUGAUAUAAAUGCAGCGGCGCUUGUGUAUUUCGAUUUUGGGGGAAUGCACAUUUUGAAAUUCAAAUGUUGAAUAUUUUUGGGGGAAUGCAUAUUUUCAUUUUGCAUGUUAUGCAUGUUUUGAACUUUUCUAGCUUUAUUUCCUAGAAUAGUAGAUUCUGCUCUUCCUAACUGUAUUAGUUUUUAGAAGUUCCAAACAAUUUCAUAUGUUAGGAUUUAGGAAUUAUAUCUGGCCUAUGUCUUGCAUAGCUUUCACAUAAUUCUGUUAUUCUGUGUUAUGUUGAAUUAUUGAUGAUCAUUUCCUUUUAGGUUUGCCAAUAAUGAUGUCUUUUAAUCCCGAUGAUUUAAUUCUUGGAAUUCGUAGGUCAGGGUCUAUUGUAAAGAUUCAAACGUGAAGAGUCAGGUGCCCAGGUCUACACACAAUAAAUAGAUAUCUUGAGAGGCCCAUUUGAGAACAUCAAUGAUGAUAGGUCACCGUCCUGUCCUCUGUGUGUGGAGAACUACAACCAAGAGCUGGCAAAACUAGAUUAAGGGCCAAGAACUUUUAAUAACCAAGAGCAGACAAAAUAUUAAUGAUUACUCCGUACAUUCAAUAACAGAUUAAGGGCCAAGAACUUUUGAAGCUAAAGACUCGAGCCUUACAGAAAAAAAUGGAGUGAAAAAUGUUUGUAACUUCAGCCAAAUUUCCACCAUUAUAAUGUCAGUUCUGAGAAGAGUACAGUCUUUCCUAUUUCCUGCUUUGGGUAUGCCAGGCUUAGAAAACCUGAACUUCUGCACCAACCUUUGCAACCUAAACUGCAAACAUUAAAAAGCCUCGGGGAGAAUUUUCAGCCUAAACUGCAAAUUACUAAAGUUCUUGGGAAGACUUUGCAGAACGCAUCAAAGGGUGAUAUAUGGUUGUUAUUUACAGGGUGGUAGGAUUGGCAAGGGGAAAAUGGCAUCAAUUCUUGCCCAACAAGUGAGGCUAGUCCAAUAUUGAUAUCUCUUGGGUCUAUUCGUGAUACUGAAACGGAUUACCGUGAUAAAACAGCAAUUGACCGCAUUGCAGAAGCGGUUAGAAAAAAUCUGUUCUCUGUCGUAAUGCUCGAGGAUGUCGAUAGGGCUAAUAUGGUUGUGCGGGGGAAUAUAAAGCGCACAAUGGAAAGAGGCAGGCUUGCUGUUUCUCAUUGCCGCAAAAUUAGUCUUGGCAACAUUGUAUUCAUUCUUGCAGGAAACUGGUCUUCAAGAAAUCCAGACAAUUUAAGAAAUGAGAACUUGAUGGAUAAGAAGAAGCUCUCGUCUCUCUGGAGUGGCAAUUGGCAGUUGAUGCUAACAGUAGGUGAGAAGAGCACGAAGCGCAUGUUUGUUGAUGAAGAAGCUAGACAGGCGAACAAAACUGAGAAGAGUACUAAGUUCAGGGCUCACCUCUGACCUCAACAAAGCACCAGCGGAUGCUGAUGACAGACACCAUUGUAUGACUUCAGCUUGAAGCAGAUACACAUAUCAGCUUAUAUCUUUUAAGCGCAGAUGUAAAUAUAGGAAACUUCUUGGGAGGUUAGGGAAAAAGAAAUGUAAUACUCCGUAGGAAACAUGUAUGGUGUUGUAGAAAGUGGAUGUUGAUGCAAGAUUGUCUUCCUAAUCGCAUUGCGGUGGAUGUAUGGAAAGAUGAGAUUAGAUGAAAUUUCGAACGAGGUUGUGCAGAGGUGUGAGAUGCUCACGGUG